AAUCUUCAGAAUUUCUAUCAAAACAAGUAGGGUUUUUUAUUUUCUACAGAGAAGAGAGGGGAGUUCGUCCUAAAUAAGAAAAGAGGAAGAAGGAGGGAAACUGAGAUGAUUUCUCCAUCGAAUUGGGUCCGCUACGCUUUCAACAAGUUAAAUUACUCCGCCUCUCUCGACUUCAGGAAGUACAAAGUUGGCCAAAUUAAUGCAGAUGAAUGGAUUGAUGCAACUUUGAAAAAUUUCUUCCAAGUGAAGCUAACUUUCUUGCAUUGGAUCAAAGGAGGGGAAGAAAUGGCACCAAUAAUAACAAGUGAAGGGGGAAGUCUUCUUGUUAGGAAAAUGGCUGCCCUACCUCCAACGAAACAAGUCUUUGUUGGAGAUGUUGUGAUGUUAAAAGAUCCUGAGAAGCCUGAUGAUUAUCUUCUCAGAAGGUUAGCUGCCAUUGAAGGCUAUGAGAUGGUCUCCAAAGAUGAGAAAGAUGAACCAUUUGUUUUAGAAAAGGAUCAGUGCUGGGUGUUGUCUGAUAAUAAAGCUUUGAAGGCAAAGGAGGCUAAGGAUAGCCGUCUCUUUGGCCCUGUUCCUAUGAGCAGCAUUGUUGGGAGAGUUAUAUAUGCCCUGCGAUCAGCUGUUGAUCACGGGCCAGUGAAAAACAGUCAUCUAGCAUUGAGCCACGAUUCACCUGUGUUGGCAGUAGAAUUGAAUGUCGAUGAGAUGGUAAAAAACACCAAGAAAUAGAGUGGGGGUGAAAAUGAUCUUUCCUCUCAUCACCACAUUGUCGUAUCCAUGAGCAAGAGGAUCAACAUGAACUGCUUCGAUCAGUUUGUAGCUGUGAUCCAGGGAUAUAAAUUAAAUGGCGUGUCCCUUUGCCCACUUUUGCGUUUAAAAUCAAGCUAUCUAGUUACUAGUGUGCUCUCUCUAUUUCUCAAACAGAUUUUGUUCUACAACCAGGGUAGGAAAUAAACUGUCAAUUGUUUUUAUGGUGCUUUUGUACAAUUGCAGAUCAGAUGGAUCUCCACGUUUCUAUUCA